AUGUCAAUUCUUCGUUCUAGGGAAAACUACCAAUUCGCGUCUUGCCUGCCGCUGCCAAAAAUUCUGCCUCGGAGCGUGUGGAAAAUGGAGCCCCAAGCAGCAAAUGUUGACUGUUCUGAAUCCACACACUUAGAGGAAAAUAGCGUCCCACAUCGAGUAGUUCUGAGUCGAGGAAAUAAAGGUGUUUUUGGCGACAUUUCCGAGCGUUCGAGAAAACGGAAGAAAAAAUAUUACGAAACGUAAAGUAUUUAAACCUUAAGGUGUGCGUGGGCGCGUGGCUGUACUGCGUGUGCCUGUGCGUGCCGCCGCUGUUCGGCUGGAGCGCAUACAUCCCCGAGGGCUUCCUCACGUCGUGCUCGUGGGACUACCUGAGCCGCACGCCGUCCAACCGCGCCUUCUACGUCUACCUGCUCACCUUGGGCUUCGUGGCGCCCGUCGCCGUCAUCGCCUACUGCUACGUGUUCAUCCUGGCCGCCGUGCUGGCGCACAGCAGGGAGAUGCGCUCCGUCAAGCACACGGGUAAUACAUCAAAUGGCGUCAUCGGCGCGCCGGAGUCU